AUGUUAGUAUAUACUUUUCAAAUUACCUUUACUAGAGCAAGUUAUCGUGCUAAUUAUAAAUUUACACGAGUAAACAAUGAUGAUUUACGAGAAUGUCUUUCAUCGUCAUUACCAUUAUCAAUACGUACUGUUUAUCCAUGUAACACAUUAACAAAUCAAGACAGUUUCCAAUAUCAAUGUGAUCACUUCAAUGUAAGUAGGCUGUCGAGCAAUCGUGGAGGUCGAAUCUCUCAUUCACCUGCUGUUGUUGUUUAUGUAACUGAUAGUAGUGAUAUUCAAAACGUGGUUAAAUGUGCAACAAAAUUGAAUUAUAUUGUGAAUGCAUUGAGUGGAGGUCAUAGUUAUGAAGGUUAUGGUUUAGGCUCAAUGUACAACAAUAUUAUUAUUAACAUGGAAGCAAUUAAUUAUAUCAAUAUUAAUCAACAUGAUAGAACUGGUACAUUUGGAGCUGGUACUAGACUUGGUCCAAUCUAUUAUAGAAUAUAUCAAUAUGAUAACUAUACAGUCAAUGCUGGAUCUUGUGCAUGGGUGGGAUUGGCUGGUAUUGCACUAGGUGGUGGUUACGGUUUUCUCGCUCGUUUACAUGGAUUACUGUCUGAUAAUGUUUUGGAAAUGAAAGCUGUUAAUGCUCAAGGUGAAUUAUUGACAAUAAAUCAAACUCAUGAACCCGAGUUAUACUGGGCAUUACGUGGUUCUGGUGGAGGUUUAUUUGGUAUUGUAACAGAAUUUAAACUUCGAUUAGUUCAAUCUCCAUCACUUGUCAGGAGUUUUUCAUUUUUUUGGCAUGCGAAUGUAACAAAACUAGUAAUGCAACGAUAUCAAUCAUUGCUAUUUGAUGAUAAAAUAUUCAAUUUAAGUAAUAAUAUAUUUUGGCAAAUGGGUGUGAACAGUAUUCAAAUAGAAAUUUCAAUAACUUAUUUUGGUAUCAAAUUAGAAGAGUUCAAUAGAAUUGUAUCGUUGUUGUUGACAACGUUACCAACUCCAUAUAAAACUGAAGUACACCAAAGAGAUUGGUUGACUUUUGUUUAUUUAAAUUCAGACAUUGGAGAUCUUAAUGGUGAUCAUCGACAAUUAUUACUUGAUAAUUUAACAUAUCCAACGCAUUAUUCUAAAGCCAAACAUUUAUUUUAUGAUCAACCAAUAAGUAAUCAUAGUCUUGAUCGAUUGAUUGAUCGAUUAGCGUUAGGUAAUGGUCAAAUCUCUCUGUUAUUUAGUCCUUGGGAUGGAUAUUUAAGAACAAUUCCAGUUCAUGCAACAGGAUUUCCACAUAGACAUUUUAAAUUUGGUAUUCAAUUUAUGGUUUCUUGGAAUGAUACACAACAUGAAGAACAACACAUGAGUUGGUUAAAUCAAGUAUAUUUAACUAUCUACAAUGAUUCAACAAAACAUUCAUAUAUUGAUUAUAUCGAUAGAGAUGUACCAAAUUGGAUGAAUGUUUAUUAUCACACACAUGUGCAACAAUUAAUUAAUACUAAACGUAUUUAUGAUAAAAAUAAUCGAUUUUAUUUUGAAAAAACAAUAGAAUCAAUCGGAGUAAAUUCGCAUCCGUUUCUCAAUGUUCAUUUCGCAGGUCUUAUAAUAUUUGUAUUUUCCGUUAUAUAA